UUCUUAAAACUUCAGUCUCCUCUGGGACAAACAAUCCAUGUUUUGGAUUAUAAAAAUAGAAAAAACUGGUAGGUUUAUUCUGAGGGCAUUAGGAGACCAAACCCACCUAACCCUGAAACCGUUUGGUUCUCAACGCGUGCGACACGCCCACUCCACAUGUGCAGAGCCCCGCUCCAGGCGUCGGGACCACUCUCUCUUUCGCACCAGAUGCAUUCAGGAGGAGCAGAUCCCUCCGAGAACACGCGGGGAAUGACCCCUGAACGCGAUGUCUCCAACACCACCACCUCGGCCACCACCAGAGUCCUGGCCAACCAGUUCGCGCAGCCUGCGUGGCGCAUCGCGCUCUGGUCCGUGGCGUACAUCACUGUGCUGGCAGUGGCCGUCUUCGGCAACCUGAUCGUAAUUUGGAUCAUUCUUGCGCAUAAGCGGAUGAGGACCGUCACCAACUACUUCCUACUGAACCUGGCUUUCUCCGACGCAUCCAUGGCUGCCUUCAACACGCUCAUCAACUUCAUCUACGCGGCCCACGGAGACUGGUACUUUGGAGAGGUCUACUGCAGGUUUCACAACUUCUUCCCGGUCACAGCUGUGUUUGCAAGUAUCUACUCCAUGGCAGCCAUAGCCUUAGACAGAUACAUGGCGAUCAUCCACCCUCUGAAGCCUCGGCUGUCUGCCAAAGCCACAUUAGGAGUUAUCUUCUGCAUCUGGACCCUAGCUGUGGUUCUGGCCUUCCCUCUCUGCUACUUCUCCACCACCAGAACGUUACCAGGCAGGACCUUCUGCUACGUGGCCUGGCCCCGCACGGCUGACGACCCCUUCAUGUAUCACAUCAUAGUUUGUGUCCUGGUUUAUGUGCUGCCCUUAGCUGUGAUGGGCAUCGCUUACACGAUAAUCGGCGUGUCACUGUGGGGAAGUGAGGUCCCUGGAGACUCAUCUGAAAACUAUCAUGCACAGCUCCUGGCUAAAAGGAAGGUGGUGAAGAUGAUGAUCAUCGUGGUGGUGACUUUUGCCCUCUGCUGGUUGCCGUAUCACGUCUACUUCAUUGUGACCGGUCUCAAUAAGAGCCUGAUGAGGUGGAAGUACAUCCAGCAGGUUUACCUGACAGUGCUGUGGCUGGCCAUGAGCUCCACCAUGUACAACCCCAUCAUCUACUGCUGCCUCAACAGCAGGUUCAGGGCUGGCUUCAAGCGGGUCUUCCGCUGCUGUCCCUUCGUCCGGAUGUCAAGCUACGACGAGCUGGAGCUCCGGAGCACCAGACUCCGGGCGUGCCACCAGAGCAGCAUGUGCACCCUCUCUCGAGUAGACACCAGCAUCCUGAGCAAAAACAAGAGCGUCUGUUCUCGGGGAACCAGGUCCAAAGCAAACGCUGAGCUGUCUAAUAAAGACAGCUAAACUCCAUGGGACACACUCUUGCAGGCUGCUCAGAAGAUUAUGUUUACAUUGUUUUCAGCUGAGGCUCAGUGUUUUGUGUUUAGAGGUG